CGCCGCAACUCGACCACCGAUUUCCACCUCGACCUCCGAUAUAACGAAAUUCUACAUCGACGAGGCCCCCCUUGGCCUCUGAUUUCGAGAGCAUGCUGUCUUCGCGGCGCGCUCUCAGCAGAGCAGUGCGGACGCAACCCUUGCACAUAUCACGCUACGCAGCACCGACAAACCUUUCGUGGCGGCUUCGCGACUCCUCACGAAAGUAUGCAACCUCAGCUGAAUCGUCCAACUCACAUACUGCUACUCCAGAACCCUUGAAGCCCCGUUAUAAUGAGAUUGGCGUGCAGCAACUCCCCUUCGACGUCCGCGCGCAGCUCUUCUCUGGCCCGCCCCCGACAGCAGACCCGGAGCUCGUCGAACUCGCCAGGAAGCACCUAGCGAAACACGAGUUACUCGGGAAGACAAGCGACACCACGCCGCCCAUCUCGGUGAAGCUUCCGCAGUUACAGGGAAAGACUCUCGAUGAGCAUUUCUACAGGCUUGGACUGGAUGCGGCUGAGCCGUUUCGUGAAUAUGCCGAAACGUUUUCCAAAUUGGAGUUGCCGGCGCAGCCGAAGGAAUGGGUGGCGCAAAGUGGCUGGACUCGUUACGAUGUCCGCACCGGCGAGGCGAUGAAGGUGGAUUUUCCGGAUCCGGAGGACAAGAUGCUGGUUUUCGAUGUCGAGGUGUUGUACAAGAUUUCCCCGUACGCUGUCAUGGCCUGUGCGGCAUCGCCGGAUACGUGGUAUGCGUGGUUGUCGCCGUGGCUGCUCGGGGAGACCGAAUCGGACAAGCAUCUCAUUCCGUUGGGGGAUCCAACAACGCCGAGAGUUAUUGUGGGGCACAACAUCGGCUAUGAUCGUGCACGAAUGUUGGAAGAGUACAACAUCAAGCAGACCAAGAACUCGUUUCUGGACACCAUGUCGCUGCAUGUAGCUGUCAACGGAAUGUGUUCUCAGCAACGGCCGACGUGGAUGAAACAUGCGAAGAAUCGGGAGCUGCGCCAGAAGUUUACAGGGGAUUCCCAAUCUGCGUCGCUCAUUGGUAUCCUGGAGUCUGGGGCGGGAGAUGAGGAGGAGGAGGCCUGGGUGGGAAGAAGCUCGAUCAACUCUCUUCGAGAUGUUGCGAAGUUUCACUGCAAUAUAGACAUGGACAAAACCGUCCGCGAUGAGUUCGGCACACUCGAUCGUGAGGGCGUCGUGGGUCGUCUCAAUGUGCUUCUCGACUACUGUGCCACUGAUGUUGCCAUUACACACAAAGUAUACAAGGAAAUCUUCCCGCGCUUUUUAGAAGUAUGCCCUCAUCCAGUGAGCUUCGCUGCGCUGAGACACCUCUCCUCUGUCAUGCUUCCUGUCAACGAUACUUGGGAUGAAUACAUAAAAAAUGCGGAAAAUAAAUACCAGGAACUCCUCGAGGCUGUCGGCAAGAACCUACGCCAGCUUGCCGAAGAGGCGCGAAUGUUGAAGCAGGACCCCUCCGUACACGAAGAUGAAUGGUUUCGUCAGCUCGACUGGUCAGACCAGGAGAUUCGCAUGACGAAAGAAACCAAGAAGAACCCAUCUCGGAUCGCAGCAAACCAAAAGAUGCCCGGCGAACCAAAGUGGUACAAAGACCUCUUUCCUAAGGCCAACGGCCCAAUGAAUCUGACAGUGCGUACACGCAUCGCGCCUCUGCUCCUGAAGAUGUCAUGGGACAAGAAGCCAUUGAUCUGGUCGGAUCUCCACGGUUGGACAUUCCGUGUCACGCCCGACGAAGCGAGCGCGUAUGAUGGGACCCCGGCCGUUAAAGUCUCGAUGUUGGACGAAAAGAAUCCCGCUCUUCAAGACGAUACCGGCUAUGUAUACUUCAAGAUACCUCACAAAGACGGACCGCAGGCCAGAUGCGCCAACCCUCUAGCGAAAGGGUACCUUCAGUACUUUGACAAGGAAGUUUUGUCGUCCCAAUACCCACUCGCCUUGGAAGCCCUGACGAUGAACGCUCAAUGCUCAUAUUGGAUAUCUGCUCGUGAACGCAUCAGAACCCAAAUGGUAGUUUAUGGCGAUGAUAAGAAUAAAAACCUUGGACUUGACGCCUCCAGUCUCGGAAGCGAACACAAGCUCGGGAUGAUUCUUCCUCAAUUAAUCCCGAUGGGUACGAUCACUCGCCGUGCAGUAGAACGGACUUGGCUUACGGCAUCAAACGCCAAAAAGAAUCGCGUUGGUUCUGAACUCAAAGCCAUGGUCAAAGCACCACCGGGUUACGUGUUUGUUGGUGCUGAUGUGGACUCCGAAGAGCUGUGGAUCGCUGCGCUGGUUGGCGAUGCUCAAUUCAAAAUUCACGGCGGCGGCGCUCUGGGUUUUAUGACCCUUGAAGGUACUAAAACUGCAGGCACAGAUCUGCACUCGAAGACUGCAAGUAUUCUCGGUAUAUCGAGGGGCAGUGCCAAAAUUUUCAACUACGGUCGAAUCUACGGCGCCGGACUGAAGUUCGCAUCCACCCUACUCCGACAGUUCAAUCCCACGAUCUCGGACACGAAGGCCGUUGAAACCGCCGAGAACUUGUACCGCGAGACCAAGGGCAUCAAAGUCAAGCCAAGCCAAGCACUGUUCAACCGUUCCUUUUGGAGAGGAGGGACGGAGAGUCUCGUCUUCAACAAACUCGAAGAGUUUGCGGAACAAGACAAACCUUGUACCCCCGUCCUUGGUGCUGGAAUCACCGAGGCCCUGAUGCGCGGCAAUCUCAGUAGGGGCGGUUUCCUGACGUCCCGCAUCAACUGGGCCAUUCAGUCUUCGGGCGUGGACUACCUCCAUCUCCUCCUCAUCUCUAUGGACUACCUCAUCCGUCGCUACGGCCUCACCGCGCGUGUCGCCAUCACCGUGCACGACGAAAUCCGCUACCUCGUCAAGGAAGAAGACAAGUACAGGGUUGCCAUGGCGCUCCAAGUGGCAAACAUAUGGACGAGAGCGAUAUUUUCACAGCAAAUGGGUAUCGAGGACCUACCUCAAUCCUGUGCGUGGUUCUCGGGAGUUGACAUCGACCACGUCUUCCGAAAAGAAGUCGACCUCGACUGCGUCACGCCCUCGCACCCGGACCCAAUCGCGCCAGGAGAGUGCGUCGGUAUCCAAGAGCUUCUCGCCAUGGGGGACGUCGCAACACUGGACGAAUCAAAGCCGGAAAUAGACCUCUCUCGAUGGAGCUACACCCCGCGCAUUCCAGUCAUGAAGGAGCUGGAAUCCAAAGAGUCGAAGGAGAAGUCGAUGCUGCAACUCCGUGCCCAAAUCGCGGACGAAAAGGAGCUGAAAGAAAUUUACGAGGAGUGGCGGGACCUGCAACCCCCAAAGACGAACAGCUCCUCCCGCGCAUCGUGGGAUGACUACGACGACGAUCAACGACCGUACUGGAAGGGAAGAAGCGGGCAGGCAAGAUCGAGCUUCCAGAAGAAGAUGACUACGGCAGUGGCGAUGCCGCAGAGAACGCUGGUCAGGAAAUCGGCGUAUUAGGCCUCGACGGAUGGAGCGAUGUUUGUUUAGAGUUUGGGGGUCUUCAUUCCUGAGGGAUUUUGCUUUUUCCUUUGUUUGGGCUGGAGUUGGGUUCUUUUGCUGGACUGAAUUUUUUUUGCUUCUUUCUUCAUUUUUUUUCAUUUUAAUCUCGAUAGAGCUGCAUGAACUCUAUUGCAGAUAUUGUUUGCUUUGGGAGAGGGUUUCUUCGCAUUGCCUUGUCUUUGGGAAGGGAAAUUAUGUGUACAUAUGCUGCGGGCAAAAGUGCUUUCUGCUUGUGGUUACUUGUAGGAUUCCGAGGGGUUUGUGGGGGGAUUUGUGGGGGGUUUGUGGGGUCUGCCGAAUGGAGAGAAUACUUAGGCUACCAGUAUCGAUACUGUUAUGAUGGUUCCUGGCGGAAAGGGGCGGGAACGGGGAUUCCUGUAACUGUACAUGUAUCUUAAUCAUCAUCGUUGCCUGAAAACACAUUCGGUUUGAAC